GUUGAAAUGCGAUCGAGCUUCCGAGAUGCCACGUGGUGAACUCCCUUUUGCCGUCGGAGCGUCGGCGCGCACCAAUCUGUCCGAUUCGUGUCUUGCAUAGCGACGACGAGCUCGAAAACGAGGGAACAUUGGCCAAUGAAACAGGCUAGCUGACCACAAUGGCGUCGUCGCGCCUCUUACAGUACGGUGCGCAAUAUCCACUGUACGGUGUCGGGUAUUCUCAUUCCACGAGCAAUCCGCUCCGCACAGCCCUCACGACAUUGGUCACUGGCCCCACCAACAAACUUCUAGUGGUUGAUCCGACUCAGCAGGCUGGCCAAGACUUUCGUCAGAUCGCUUCAGUCGGUAUCGGAUUUCCAGCUACUAAAGUCGGGUGGGAGCCUGCUGGUCUCUCUGGAUACUCAGAUAGCGGAGCGGAGCUGCUAGCCACGACGGGAGACGUGCUGAGGAUCUGGGACUUGUCAAAAGACUGGGAGUCUAAUGGGAAAGGCUUUGUGGGACGGAACGGUUGGACAGAGGAAGAUCAUGUACUGAGAGCAAGGAGCGUGUUGACAAAUAGCAAAUCUCCACAGAUGAGUUUACCUCCCAUCACAUCGUUCUCUUGGAACCCAGUCAAGCCUUCAACCAUCGUCACCUGUUCCAUUGAUACCACAGCCACGCUAUGGGAUAUCAACACGUCCCAGGCGUUGACACAGCUUAUCGCUCAUGACAGAGCAGUGUACGACCUGGCAUGGCUCCCCCAAUCUCCAGACAUUUUCGUGUCCGUUGGUGCAGACGGAUCACUGAGAGCGUUUGAUCUCCGACAAUUAGAGCACUCGACCAUCUUGUACGAAUCAUCUCACGAUACACCUUUGGCCAGGAUAGCAUUCAGCAACAGUGAACAGCACAUGCUGGCUUGCUUUGGCAUGGACGACAACAAAACCCUGAUCUUGGAUAUGAGGAGUCCCGGAUCACCGGUAGCUGAACUUGGAGGUCAUCAAGGCGCCCUGAGCGCUAUCGGUUGGGGCGCUCCGGGUGAUUCACCGGGCGCGUCGAGCGGUGGAUGGAUAGCCAGUUGUGGCGACGACUGUCAAGUUCUCAUGUACGAUUUAUGCUCCACUCUUCCCACUCCCAGAGCACCUUCUAGAAAUCCCAGCUCGCGCAAUUCAUAUACCCUUUCUCCGCCUGCGACGCCAUCACGACGAUCUACGCCCAGUCCCGCUCCUUCCGUCGACAUUCGACCCGUCAAAGCUUGGACAGCCGAUGCUCAAGUGAACAACCUAGCCUUUUCAGAUGCUGGCGAUUGGCUCAGUUGUGUCAGCGGAUCGAAGCUGACCAUGUUGAGAGUGUAA